CUCCCAGAAGGCAUCGCGUCCCCGUCGUCCUCCCCAACUGACGGCGGCGAGCACCAAUAGUUGCCGGCCGGUUGGGAGGACACUCCGAAGGGCGAGGGGUGGGUUUGGCCUCUCGCGCCUAGUUUCCCAGUUUCUUCUCGAGUCUGGGUCUCUGGGCUGUCCCGAGCGAUCGCCCACGGGCGGCAGAACCUCAGAGGUUACCUCCAGUAAGAAGUGGCUUUCAAAGCUCUGCAGAAACAACUGUGGCAUGUGAUUUCAAGGCACGAUGGCUGCAAAAGUGGUUCCUAUGCACCCAAAGCCAAAGCGGUCCUUUGUUCUGAGAGUUCCUCCCAACUCCAAGCUGGGCCAAGACCUACUUCGAGAUGCUACUAGUGGGUCCAAGACCAUCCACCAGCUGGUUCUGGAGCACUUUCUCACCUUCUUGCCCAAGCCAAGCCUAGUUCAGCCCAGUCAGAAAGUCAAGGAGACCUUGGUUAUUAUGAAGGAUGUGAGCUCCAACCUUCAGAACACAGUGCAACCUCAUCCUUUAGUGAAGCUUCUACCCAGAGAAGGAAUCCAGCAGAAACAGGAGACAGGGUCUCCGUGUUUGAAAGCUCAGCCCGAGGAGCUGGUGGUCUUUGAGGAUUUGAAUGUAUUUCACUCCCAAGAAGAAUGCAUCAGCCUGGAUCCUGCUCAGCAGCGCACCUCAGAGAUGGAAGAAGACAAUAUUGGGGAGAUGAUAUUACUAGCAGUCAGUGAUGGUAAUGCCGAAGGUGAGGAUCUUCAGAAGGAGCCUGUAGAGAAUGAAGAUCACAGAGCAAAGUCUUCAGAUUGUGAUGAAACUGAUUGUUCCGUGGUCUCUGAGCAACCUCCAGAUUGCCAAAAAGAAGGAAGACUAAAUAUGCCCGCUCCAAAGGAAAGGAAACUGAAAAACCUUUUAGUUACCAUUGAAAACGAUUCUCCACUGGAGGAACUCUCAAAGUAUGUGGACAUCAACGUUAUUGCACUUACCAGAAAUCGGAGAACAAGAAGAUGGUAUACGUGUCCACUGUGUGGGAAACAGUUCAACGAGAGUUCCUACCUUAUUUCCCAUCAGAGGACUCACACUGGAGAAAAGCCCUAUGACUGUAGUCACUGUGGGAAAAGCUUCAACCAUAAAACAAACUUGAACAAACAUGAGCGAAUCCAUACAGGAGAGAAACCUUAUUCGUGUUCUCAGUGUGGGAAAAACUUCCGUCAGAAUUCUCAUCGCAGUCGCCAUGAAGGAAUCCAUAUAAGGGAGAAGAUAUUUAAGUGUCCAGAAUGUGGGAAAACCUUCCCAGAAAACAAAGAAUUUGUGAUUCAUCUGCAAAGUCAUGAGGCUGAGAGGCCAUAUGGUUGUAAAAAAUGUGGGAGAAGAUUUGGUCGGCUGUCGAACUGUACCCGGCAUGAAAAAACCCACUCAGCAUGUAAGACCCGGAAACAGAAGUGGGAUCGGGAUGGCCCCGCCUCAACUUGAAAUAAAUAUUCCAUAAGGAAUUCUGAAUUCCCAGGCUGUCUGAAAAGAUACAGAUGUGAAAAACCUCAUUAUAGCCAAAAUGGGAUAAAUAUCCAUCUUGGCUGCAACCUCAAGUUUUUAGAAAACUCACAGGGAAAAAACAUCCUCAAGGGCUAUACCUCAGUUAGCAUCCAGGCUUUUUGGACUAAGGAGCUUUCUUUUGUGAACUUAGACAACAGUAUACACGUCACAGAUCCCUUUCCUAGAAAGUCUUUAAAAUACUGGUCUGGGGGCUACAUACCUUCCAAGUGAAGAGUGACGAGUGACGAGUGUACUGAAAGUAUAUCCAGUUGGGCCCCUCGUAGGAAUUCACACUUGAGAAAUAAGGCAGAGGUCCUUAUCUGGAACUGUGUUCCCCUGAAAGAACCAAACUACUGAUUUGUUAAGUCAGCAGCUUCUAUUAGCAAUUCAUAUAACCCUCUAAGGAUACCCUUAAAGCUUGAAAGUUGAAAGGGAUUGUUUACUUUGGAAAAAAGGAAAAAUACAGCAAUUGAAUGUCAAAGACUUCCUCUGUCAUUUGUGAUCUAAACUAAUUAAUGAUCAAUUUCAGUAACAUUUGAAAUUUGUGGUGAAAAGGGACUGUUUUACAGAAAUUCUUUUCACAGCAUAACAUAAGUGUCUGCUGUUCUCGCUGUAUUUUGUUCUGCUAUUAAUUGCGCUAACAGCUCUCUCAUGCCUUUUCCUUGCCAAAAAGUUUGGGUCACUCAGGCCCAGCCACCCAGCCCCAUUCCUGGAAAAGCUCUUCAGAGUAUUGCCCCUCUGUUCAGUCAAAAAGAAACCUGCUUAGGAAGGAAACCCCAAGAGCCCGAGGAAGCAGAGGAAGAAAUUGGCUUGGAUCAGUGGCUGGUCAGUAGCCUUGCCAUACGCUUAGUUCCUAUCUAUGUGCAGGCAUCAGACCUUUGGCAAUGGGUGGUCACUACCUCACACGCGCAAAGUGUUUUAGUUUUAGAAAUUAGGGCUCCAGUGGCUAGCUCACAUUCCAUCUCAAGAGACAGGAUUCCAGUGUCCUCAUGGUAGUGGAUAUUUGUUCUCUUUGGCUGCCUGAUUUCCAGACUUCCCUGACCUGUCUGCCAGAGGUAAGGCCAGUGGUGCCUUCACGGGACUGAUCUUGUGGUAUGUGAUUUUAAGGAUUCUUGAUCAGUUUUGCUCUUCUUAGGUUUCCUAAGGUUUACAUGGCUAUUUUGAUUGAAACAGGUUAAAUCCUAUAAACUGUUGGGGAAAAAUUACCUUUACAAAUUUUGUUUCUCAUCCAGAAACAUAACUUUCCAUUGAUUAAAGUAUUAUGUUCUUCAGUUUUUGUUACUGUAAAUCAUUUUUUUAUUGUAUUUUUCUAGUUGGUUGUUGCUUUUACAUAUGGAAGUUAUUUUUAAUUAUAUAUUUGCAAAACUAGCCACUUCUCUGUUAAUUUUCAGUACUUUAUCAGUUCUGUUAAAAUUUGUGGUUUAAAAAUUAUACUAUCUACAAAUAGUAGUUUUGUUUUUUCCUUUCUGCCUGUUUCUCUUCUUUUUUGUUACUUUUAAAAUAUGUGAUUCUAAGCUUUGUUUUGGUACAAAGCAUACUAAAAUAAGGACAUUUUAUGAUACAAUUCAAUUCUCAGUCCUAAUUACAGAGAAAAAAAUAAACCCCAACACUUACAGGCCACAUUAAAAUAGUCCUUUAGGAGUUCUUGUUGUGGCACAGUGGAAAUUAAUCUGACUAGCAUCCAUGAGGAAGUGGGUUUAAUCCCUGGCCUUGCUCACUGGGUUAAGGAUUCAGUGUUGCCGUGAGCUGUGGUGUAGGUCACAGACACAGCUCAGAUCUGGCAUUGCUGUGGCCUUGGCAACUGCACCUCCUAUUUGACCCUGGGAACUUCGAUGUGCCUUGGGUACAACCCAAAAAAGCAAAAAAAAAAAAGUCUUUUAGAGUGCCCUUAGCAGGUUAAGGAUCUAGCAUUGUCACUGCUAUGGUACGGGUUUAAUCCCCAGCCCAGGACCUUCUACAUGCCAUGGACAUGCCCCCCCACCAAAAAAAAGUCCUUUAUCAAUGUUGUAUUUCAGGGCUACUAUACCUUAUUAAAUAAGGGACACAACUGACUGCCAAUGUUAUUCUCUUAUUCCUUUGGAAGUCUAGCUGAGAGGAAUCCCAUUUAUCAUGCAGAGGACGUGCCUGUGUACCUAGGAAACUUGAAAGGCUAAAUGGCUGUUGGGCAGUGAUAGGAGAGGGUGAGGUCCUGGUGGCAAGGUGGUGCCGAUCCCUGCCCAGGGGUUAGGCCACCAGGUUCCCAAGGCAUUUAGGUGGAUGAUACUGCGAUGACCCAAACACCCUCCAAACACUCAGCAAGUGCCUUCCAUGCCCUGCCUGUGGCUGCAGGAGUGCACAGGGUCAAGGUCCCCCAGAGGGUGGGCCUACCUUCCCAGCACACAUCUCAUACUGAAAAGAUAUUAAGCAAAAGAGAAGUGCUUAAUGAGGAUCCUGAUGACAGUUAACAAAAAAAAAGUAGACACAACAAAGGGUUUUUCCAGUCGAGCAGCAAAGGCCAGUUGGAAAAUUUGAAAGGCCAAAUAUCCAAUUCCAGUGAGCAACUACAAUCUAAAGCGAGCAUCUCCAAAGACCAGGUCCAGGCCCCAGGUUACAAAGGAGAGUAAACACCUGUGGCAUUUCAUGGGGCAUGGGGAAAUUCAGUAAAUUCCAGAGACAUGUAUGCAGCUACACACUGAGAAGUGUGAGGAAGGCAAAGAUUCUACCAGUGGGUUUUCUAGGGAGGGCUCUAGGGAAGUGGCAUUGAAAAGACCAGAAGGACCAGAUGGGGGAGGAAGGAAGCACUAAGGGGAGGUUCCAAUAAGAGGAAGACAGGAACAGAUAAUUUUUAAAGAAACAAGAAUGGCCAAAAGAAAUAGAUGAAAGAAUGUUCAGCUUCGAUUGUAAUCUAAGAACUAUAUAUUGAAAGAACAAGAUAGCGUUUUAGGUGUUUUAAAUGAGCAGGUUGUGUGUAAAUGUUCACCUUGGCAAAAGAGGGGUGAAAGCAGCAUCCGUCUACUGUGAUGAGAAUGUUAAAACUGUUAAUCCUUGACUGAGCAAUUUAUCUUGUAUGUGCAAGGAAAAAAAUAUCCUACAAUUAUAAUGCUGGAAAAUUAGAAAUGUCUAACCUAAAUUAUUAAAUAAAUAUGGCAGAAUAUUAUAAUGCUAAUAAAA